AUGACAACUUCAGUGAGACACACUUUCACGCUUAAGUACAAGGAACCCAAGUUGGACAAUCUGAAGGGUUUGAUCUCUGAUUUGUCUCUCAGCAGACGUGAUGAGUUCGGAAAAAACUAUGGGAAGAUUUUGAGCCUUCUAAAUAAGAAAGUUGACUAUGGAAUUAUCAGCUCUCUGGCACAAUAUUAUGAUUCCCCUCUGCGUUGUUUCACAUUCGCUGAUUUCCAGCUAGCUCCAACUUUGGAAGAAGUUGAGAGGAUCGUGGGACUCAAGUUGAAAGAUUUUAAUCCGUUUCCAAAGCUCGAAGAAGAUAUGGGCCCAAAGAAGAUAGCUUCGGCCCUAAGCAUCAAUGUCCCGACUGUUCGAGACAAUUGGGCUGAAAAAGGGGGUUGCAAAGGUUUUGCCGCGAUGUUUUUGGAGGAUUUAGCUCUAAAGUUCAAGAAAAGUGGAAAUUGGAAUGCAUUCUAUGCUGUGGUGGCUUUAUUGAUCCAUGGGAUUGUGUUAUUCCCAAAUGUUGAAAAAUUUGUGGAUCAAGUGGCCAUAGAAGUUUUUCUCUCUGGCAAUCCAGUACCAUUUCUCUUAGCUGAUAUUUACUAUGCCCUUCACUCUCGACAUGAAAAGAGGGGUGGAAUGUUAUUGUGUUGUGCUCCUUUGCUUUACACUUGGUUCAUGCAACACAUGCCUGAAGAAGGUCCUUUUGUGGCAAAAGAACUUAAGUCUCCUCAGAAAGUAGCUUCUCUCACCGGUUGCAUCAACUAUAACCCUAUGUUAUCUCAAUUACAACACGGUUACUCCAUGGAUGGUCCUCCUGACGCAAAGGACUUACAGCCAUUUGUGCUCUCCGACAUCCAAGCAAGCAAUCCUGAUGUAAGAGCAGUACGAAAGGCUUGGUUAAAGGUUGUAAGAAUGGGUAAAGAGUGUGGAAAGAGAAACAUUCUUGCCAAAGAACCUUACACGCAAUGGGUGAAAGAAAGAGUUGAGAAAAUCCAGUUGCCAUAUAUCUUAAAGGCUCCAGCUCUUCCUAAAACUCCUGAGCCCGAGCCCAUACUCCCUGAGGACAUGGAGAAACUCGUUACUAAGGUUAAGGAGCUCGAAGUGGAGAAUGCCGAAUUACGAAUUUAG